AUGCUAGCCAUCCUUGCCGUCUCCACGCCUGUGGUCAACCUCCCUGUCUCCGGCCGCCUCCUCUCCUCCGACGACUUUAAGCGCGCCGGCCGGGUGUUUGCUCCCGUUGCCGCUGCGUUUGCUCCCGGGACCAAGGCGGCGACACGGGCGGGCGCGGCCCGCGACUUUAUCUUGGCUGCCGCGGUGAGUGCCGCCGCCGUUGAGGCGGCGCAGUUCUGCGCCGUCUUCCUGCUCUCGUGGUGGCUCGGAUUUGGCGCGCCAGUCGGCCGCGCGCCUCGCCCCUACAUCCCGGGCAGCAAGCGGCUCAACGCCGCAAUCCUGUGCGCGCUGGCGUCGCGCAGCCUCACCCGGCCGCUUCGACUGCUCGCCGAGCUGAGCCUCGUCAGCCCCGCGCUCCGCCAGCUCCGCCGCCGACGCCCAAAGGCGCGUGCUGUCUUUGCGGCCGGCCAGCUCGUGGCAACCUCCGCCGCCAGCGCGGCGCUGCUCUUCGCGGUCGCCACCGCAGACAGGCUCGUCGCGCCUCCUGCUGUCGCGAGUGCCGUCCCUGUCGCGGUCUUCUGCCGCGCUGUGUACGCUCGCACCGUCGGGGCGCUGGGUGGGUGGGUGGGUGUUACAAUCCCCUCUCCGGCGGCAGUGCAGGCGGCGGUGAAGGCGCUCUGCGUGUCUGCGUGCGACGUCGGCCGCUGGUGGGCUGGGAUCGCCGCCAGCCUCGGCGAGGCGGCGCGCCAAGUCAAGCCGCUGCGGGCGCUGCUUGACUUGGCGGAGACGGACGCUUGGCUAGCCGACGCCUUGUCGCGCCUCUUUUGGCAACGGUGA